GCGUUCAAUAAAGUUGUAACAAAAGCGAAGCGGUUUACGGCAGGUCGUAAAGCCAAACGCGGAGGAGGCACUUGCUGAUCCUGCUGAUGGAGGACCAGAACCAGGAGAGCUCCGACCCUGUAGUGGCUCUCAGUCUUUGUGACUCCACCCCACUCCUGUGGCGUGCUCAGGACCUGAGGACCGUCAGGUCUCAGAGUGUGGUGGGGGCCCUGCUCGGCUCACUGCCCAGAGCCCCCAGACAGAACCUCAAACUGGGUCGACCACUGCUGCUGCUGCCAGAGGAGGAGAGACUGCUGAGGGAGCGCCACGCUGCGGCCUUUCCUCCACGGAACCAGGAUGUGGAGAGGGCGGAGUUUCAGCAGCAGUAUGAGGAGGAACAGCAGAGGAGUUUUGAAGAGCAAAGCGUUUUCGCUCUGGAGGACAGGAAGUCAGCACUGCAGCGUGCGAUGACAUCAUCACAGUCAGGAUCGGGGUCCGGUACCUCGUCAGAUGAAGCUCUCCAGCGCCGGCUGCUUGAUCUGGACCAGAACUUCACCUUCCCUCGGUCGGCCCUGGCGAUCCAGCUGAGCACAACGAGGGCGGGGCUCAACUACUGUCCUGAGGCUCGGGCCUUCUUGCAGCUUGACUGGCCAAUCAGAGAUCAGGGCAAUGCCCAAUUUGACACCAGGUACCUGGUGUUCAGAGACCUGUGGGGGCGGGGCUUCUUCCUUACCUCUGCUGGAAAGUUUGGAGGAGACUUCCUGGUGUAUCCAGGUGACCCGUUGCGUUUCCACGCCCACUUCAUUGCCAUCUGUCUCUCUUUGGACGAGCCUGUCUCCCUGCUGGACAUCCUCGCUGCAGCUCGUCUCGGCUGCAACGUGAAGAAGACCGUCCUGCUGUGCUCUCCGGCGCCGAACGGACCAGUCCACUACACAUCAGUUCAGUGGAGCGGCAUGGUGUAAGUAUCGGACUGGAUCGGUUCUGUCUGGGACCCCAGACGGAGUCCUGCCGGCUUCAGGGAUGUCAGGGAUCUGAAGGCGGAUCUGGACUCGAGUUCUGCUUAAGCAGAACCGCUACGACGGACUGAUCCGGCUCAUGAUAUCAUAAUGUUCAAAAGGAUGAAGCAAAAAGCAAUCGGCUGAUUUCACUUCAAGUUUAUUUAAAAAGGAGGUGAACGUGUGAAAUAAACGAAUCAUCCAGA